AUACUUGGUAUUCCAUUAAUCUGUGUAAAUUCUGAGCCACUUCAGAUUGUUUAUUCUUUGGAUCUGUGAUGUAGCCUCCUGACACUUUCACCUGAUAUUAUACAUAACAAAAUUUAUUUAGUGCACCAACGCAGUUUAUGUUAAUUUCCAAUUUGCAUUCUGUAUGCAUCACAGCUGUAUUAAUUGCAGCUUUCGCAUAAUUUCCCCAUAGUUUCAAAAUUGAAGUUAAGUAAGAGGAUUCGUAUUGUAAUGGAAAGUUCAUGAAGUCAUCAGGCAAUAUCCUCUUACAGCCUGCCCUGUCUUUAGACAGCUCAGAUGAUGGACAAUGUUAAUUUUAACUCUAUUGGAGGAUUAGAGGAAAAUAUACAGUACUUGAAGGAUGCCAUCUUGCUCCCCUGGAGGAACCAAAAUAUAUUUAAAAGAUUUCAUGUUAAACCUCCACGAGGAGUUUUGUUCCAUGGUCCGCCAGGAACAGGAAAGACUCUGACUGCAGCAGCUUUAGCCAAUGAAUGCAAAAGAAAUAGGAAGAAGGUGUCCUUUUUCCAUCAGAAUGGAGCAGAGUGCCUCACCAUGUGGCUUGGUGAAUCUGAGAGAAAAAUAAGGGAGCUGUUCAAAAAUGCAUAUCUUAACAGACCAGCUAUAAUAUUUUUUGAUGAAUUAGAUGCUGUGGCACCCAUACGAUCUAAGCGACAGGACCAUGUCCAUGCUAGUGUGGUUUCAACUUUGCUGACAUUAAUGGAUGGCCUGAAGUCUCCCCAAGAUGUUGUUGUGAUUGGAGCAACAAACAGACUUGAUGAGAUUGAUCCAGCUCUCAGGCGACCUGGGAGAUUUGAUAAAGAACUUUUCUUCCCCCCUCCUGACUUAGAGGCUAGAAGAACAAUUUUAAACAUCCACACAAGACACUGGCACACUGAUACUAGCAGCGAGUUUAUGGAUCGCCUAGCCGAGAAUACAGCUGGAUACUGUGGUGCUGAUCUAGAGGCACUUUGCACAGAAGCUCUUAUGUGUGCAAUGAAACGCAGCAUCUCUUCAGAGCAAAGUACAGCAAAAAGUUUAAUGGUUCAUGAAGAUGAUUUCAUUGCAGCCAAAUCAAAAUUUGUGCCCGCUUAUCUUCGGUCAUCCAUUUCACCAGCUUGUUCAUUGUCAGAAGUAAUUUGCCCAUUACUACAGAAAAGAGUUGAAAGUCUCAUGCAGCAACUGGAGAAGAACUAUUCAUUCAAAUUUGUGUUUCCGAAGCAGAGGUUCGAAAUAAAAGACAAAAUGCUCUUUUGUCCACGUAUAUUGUUGACUGGGUCUGCAGACCAAGGCCUCACAUCUCACUUGGCACCUGCAAUUUUGCAUAGGCUGGAGCAUCUGCCAGUUCAUCUCUUUGAUGUUACUACAUUGUGCAAAUACAACAGCCUCACAGAUUGUGGUUGUGUAGAGGCUAUUAUGUCACAAAGACUGGAAACAGUGAGAAUGCAGCAACCUUGCAUAAUGUACUUGCCAGACAUUACUGAGUGGUGGAAUAUGGCUGGUGAUCUGGUGAGGUCAAUAUUUCUGAGAGUGAUGAAUUGUUUUGAUUCACGUACAGAAGUUUUGUUGCUGGCAACAGCACAUGUACCAUAUACUGAACUGCCUGAUUCUCUCAGAGAUGUCUUUAAUGAAGAUCUAUCACUAAUAGUAACAAUGACAAAUCCAAUGAAACAGGAAAGAGUUAAGUUUUUUGAGCCAUUGUUUGAAAGGAAGAUGUUACAUUCUCCCAGAAGUAUGCAAGAAGCAAACUCUGCUGUUAGUACAGAUGAUGCAGGAUCAGCUUCACCAAAGCCAAAUGAAUCCUGCAAAGAACCAGGAAUUCAAACACGCCGCUGUCGAAGAUCAUACAGUCAGGGUUCUAUUCAGGAUGUGUCAAUAGGUGACAAUGUCAAAGAUACACAUGAACCACAGAGAUCAAGCAAGAGAUGCCUUCAGGAAAACAAAAACAGCAAGAAGAGGAAAAGAUCAGAGACACCAGAGCAAAGCACUUCCCAUGGAUCAGUUCAUGAAAGAAAUACAAGAAGAGACUUGUCCCUUCCAAAGAAAGACGGGCUCUUUUGGGCUAAUCCUGCAGAAGGUUGUGAAGUCAUGAAAGAAGAAAAAAUUCACCACCUACUAGAAAGAUUAGUCAAUGCAACAGAAAAUAACACAGUACAUCACCUGGAAGUACUAUACAACAGGAUAAAUAUGGCUAUCAAGAAGCAUAAGUGCCCCCAUAAUUGCUCAUAUCUUGAGAAGGAUUUAGAAGACAUUGUCACACAAUGUGAAAGAGAGAACUCAAAUGUAAUUGAAUGACUGACAGUUUGUUAUGAAGAUUUUGCAAGAAGAUGACAAUGAAUCGUUGACUUGUUGGUGUGCAAUUUCUGUCUCUUCUAAGUUUCUUCGUGUAUGUUGUAAUGUGUGUAUGGGAGGUGUCACUGGGUGACAUCUGUGUAACUUGAUUUCUGUUUGUUCUAAAAAUUGUUGUCAAAAUAGUAUUUUCUCACAUAAAGAUAUGUUUACUGACAAAAAAAUGUAUGUGUCAUUUUUUUACAAAACAGAUUUGAUUAUCAAAUUAGAUAUGCUAUGUGGAUUGUGGAGGUGCACCAAUGACACCUACCAGAACCACAUUGAAGUUUUAUUUUGAAGUGAAUGGGUACUACUUACACCAGUUGCAUCUACUUACACCACAGUGAACUUAUGUGAUGCUAAGCAAGUACUACAAGCAAUGGAAGUAAACAUGUCACAUGAACCACCAUCAAACAACAAAGAUUAAGGAUAAAUACAUUAAAGAAAACAAGAGGCUUA